AUCCAUUCAUUCGAUCGUAUUUAUUGAUCGCUUAAGCGCUUGGGAAGUACAAGUCGGCAGAUUCACGGGCCACAGAUGUGACUGAAGAACCCAGACCCCAGCCCGAGGGAGGCCUCCACCCUCCCUCCCGAGCCCCUACGGGGGUGAUGGCAGUAGCCCGGGGCCUGCUGGAGCAGGAGGGACUCGUGAUAGUCAAGCUGGAAGAAGACUUGCCAUGGGGACAGGAGCCCACCCCGUGUGGAGAUGACCCCGGCCCCGAGGCCUCCCGUCGGCGCUUCAGACGUUUCCGCUACCGGGAAGCAGCCGGGCCCCUCGAGGCUCUCGGCCGACUCCGGGAGCUCUGCCGUCGGUGGCUGAGGCCGGAGAGGCGCACGAAGGAGCAGAUCCUGGAGCAGCUGGUGCUGGAGCAGUUCCUCAGCAUCCUGCCGGAGGAGAUCCAGGCUCCCGUAUGGGACCGCCGUCCGGAGAGCGGGGAGGAAGCGGUGGCCCUUGUGGAGGAUUUGGAGAGAGAUCCCAGGAGACGGGGACGCCAGGUGACUGUCCGGGUGCAGGGGCCGGAAGUACUCUCUGAAGAACCCAGGUCCCCGGGAAAAGUUUGGAAGCCUCAGUGCACUGAAUUAGACCCCUCAGGAGUGAAGCCAGAAGGGGAACCCCAGGAGACGGUAACCAGAGAUCCGGGACCGGAGGAGCCAGUGAGCCCCAAGGAAGAGCCUCAGAGUCUCCAGGAAAGGGCUGCGCUCACCCUGCCCACGGUGACGAGUGCCAGUGACCGGGAGAUGCCAGCCGAAUCCCAGGAAUUCCCGGGCCACCUGAGCCCUGCUCGGAAGAACCUCUACGGGGACAUCGGUCAGGAACACCAGGCGAAUGAGAUCCCUCCUGAGCGCCCCGUCCCCAAAUCCAGCGUCUCCCCGCUGGAGCCAGGAAGAGAGCCGUGGGACCCCGAUCUCCAGGUUUCCAACCGCAGAGAGACCCCGAGAGGCUCCCCUCCAGCCGAGGAGCCGGUGAGACCCGGCUCUCCGUCCGCAAGGAAGGAAGGAAACAGCCGGGAAGAGCGGGAGCAGUGGGAUGUGGAGGACGCGAAGGUCUCGGGGGUGCUCUGGGGCUACGAGGAGACCAAGACCUUCCUGGCCAUCCUCGGCGAGCCGCAGUUUUCCGAAAAGCUGCGGGCCCGUCGCCGGAACCGCCAGGUGUACCGGGCCGUGGCGGAGCGGCUGUGGGAGCGCGGCUUCCUCCGGACGCUGGAGCAGUGUCGCUACCGGUUCAAAAACCUCCAGACCAGCUACCGCAAAGCGAGGAUCAGCCACGCGCCCGCCACCUGCGCCUUCUACGAGGAGAUGGGCAGCCUGCUGAGGGGCCGCGCUUCGGCUCUGCCACGCAAGCAGCCCGUCCUGCCUCCUGGGGUUGGUGAUGCCAAGCUGAGAGAGCCGGGGAGGUGGAAGCGUGAGGAGGCCGAGGAUGAAGCCGGCCUACGGGGCCGCCGGGGCGACCGGAGGGGCUUGGAGGAGCAGAUCCGGGAUCCCGGUGGCCCCGAGGGCUCGGAGCUCAGGCUGAGGGCCCGGGAGUCCCGUAGCCGCUCUGGUAAGGCCCUCUCUGUUAUCGGGGCCCUGGCGGGCACAGCCACAUCUCAGAGGGAAACAGAGGCAGCCGAAGCGGGAUUUCCAGUUCCCCGAACGAAUGCAACCCCACCCAAGAAGCCCGGGAAAGACCCAUGGAAGCCGGGUCUUCCCAGGACCGAGGAGAGCGAGCGCUCCGGAGGCUCCCGGCCCGGAGGGGAGCGAAAAGCCUGCCAGAUCCCGGCACGGAAGGAAGCGAAGACCUGGGGAGACCAAGAGCCGGGCAAUGUGGAGGAUGAGAGGUAUGCAGGCGUGCACUGGGGCUACGAGGAAACCAAGAUUUUCCUGGCAAUCCUGGGCGAGGCUCCGUUCUCCGAGAAGCUCCGGACCUGUCACCGCAACAGCCAGGUGUACCGGGCCAUAGCGGAGCGGCUGCAGGAGCGCGGCUUCCUCCGGACGCUGGAGCAGUGUCGCUACAGGUUCAAAAACCUCCAGACCAGCUAUCGCAAAGCCAGGACCGGCCGCCCUCCAGGGACCUGCCCUUUCUACGAGGAGAUUGCUACCCUGAUGCGGGCCCGAGCGGCUGCCAAACCCACCUAUGCCCUGAGGGAAGGGGCACCUCCUCCUCCACCACCGCUCCCAAAUCCUCCUCCUGCCCUUCCUUCUCCUGGGAGUGUGAGGAGGGAUGCCAAGCGGGAGCAAGGAUCCUGGGAGCACCAGGAGACGCCGGAUGAGGCCGUGACAGAGGCUCGCGACCGCGAUGAGGUGGAGCUGAAGGAGCCGAGCCCGGAGCCCGAUAGCCCCAGCGCCUCGGCCCAGUUUCACAGCCGCACAGGUGUGCACUGGGGCUACGAAGAAACCAGGGCCUUCCUCGCCAUUCUGGAGGAGUCUCGGUUUUACGAAAAACUGCGAACCCGUCACCCGAACCGUCAGGUGUACCGGGCCGUGGCAGAGCGGCUCCGGGAACGUGGCUUCCUCCGGACGCUGGAGCAGUGCCGAACCAAAUUCAACAGCCUCCAGACGAGCUACCGGAAAGCCAGGAGCAGCCGCGUGCCAGAGACCUGUCCCUUCUACGGGGAGAUGGAUUCGUUGGUCAACGCCCGGGCAGCCGCCGCACUGGCUGACCCGCCGAGGGAUGUGGAGGAAUCCUGCGGGAAGCCGGUGCCUGGACCAGAAGGCCACAACCACGACAACUGGCAGAGGAUGGAGAUUGCGGGCGAGACCCCGAUGGAAGGAGGGGACGGUGACCGAAUGGGUAUCGGGGAGCUCACCCAGGACCCCAGGAGCCCCAGGACUCCGAGUCUUUUCCGAGGCUGCGGUGAAUUGAGCAUCAAGAGGAAGAACAAAGAAGAGCGUCCAAAGCAGGACAUCCCUUGCAAAGCGGCACCGCGAGGGAUAUUCUCAGAAAACUCUGAAAUGCCCAAGCUUCCGAACUGGGGAAAAAGUUGCGAAAAUGAGUACAUACUGGGCAGACAGUGGGAGAAAUACCCGGGAAAGAGAUCGGGGAAACCUGCCUGCCCGGAGGAAUUACAAGCCUUCUUAGUUCAGAAGGUAACCUCCACUGAAGGGAAGCCAUAUAAGUGUAUGGAGUGUGGAAAAAGCUUCAGUUGGAAGUCUCACCUCGCCACCCAUCAGCGAAUCCACACCGGAGAGAAACCCUACAAGUGUCUCGAAUGCGGGAAGAGCUUCAGUUGGCGGUCGCACCUCAACACCCACCUGAGGAUCCACACGGGAGAAAAACCCUACAAAUGCCUCGAAUGCGGGAAGGACUUCAGUGACGGGGCAGGCCUCACGGCCCACCGGAGGAUCCACACGGGAGAGAAGCCCUACACGUGUGACGUGUGUGGGAAAAGUUUCAGACUCAGCCCCAGCCUGGUCGUACACCAGAGGAUCCACACGGGAGAAAAACCUUAUAAGUGUAGUGAGUGUGGCAAGAGCUUCAACAACAGUUCCCACUUCAGCGCUCACUGGCGAACGCACACGGGAGAGAAACCCCACGAAUGCCCCGAGUGCGGAAAGAGCUUCAGUAAAGGCUCGGCCCUCACCAAACACCGGAGGAUCCACGUGAGGGAGAAGCUCCCACUGCAGCCUCGGCUCAACCGUCCUCCGGGAACCCCUUGUGGGAGGGAUCCUGUCAGCGUGUUAAGUUUGGGAAGACCCGCCGGCAAAGAACGCACCUUCUAGCCCGCAAUAGACGCUCCCGGUUGAGGAAAAAUGCAGCCCACGGGUUCCCAAAAGUCUCCUGCCGGGUCUGAGGCCCGGGCAUGUCGGUUGGCACUAUUUGCCCUCGCCAGCUGUGUGUCUUCGACUCACUGCACGGAUCUCUGUCCUCCUCCUCUGUGCCUCAGAUUCCCUGUCGGUACAAUUUGGGGGAAGAAUUCCACUAAAGACAUCGCCUCCUUCUUCCUCCCUCUAUAUAGCAAUGCUCAGUCCUUGCUACAUAGCGGUUGCACUUCAAGGGCUAAAAGUAGCUCUUUCCCUCACCUUCCCAUCUUGGAAUGUGGCAGGGGUCUCCAGUCCUUAGUAUUGAUACCCCUCUCCAUGAAUAAACCACUUAAUUAGAUUCAAAGCACUGGGCUGGGCCCCAAGUGGCGGGAAAGUGGCAAGAGAAACCAGGAAAUGACUUUCCCAUUUUGAAGUCAGGUCGGUCCGGGGUGGGGAAAGAUAUUUUUUUUUCCAUUUUGUACAAGGCAGCGAGAGCAGCGGUGCUUCCAACUUGUGAUUUUUGGUCUCCGUGGGCGGAGUCGCAAAACCCGGCGGCGGCAGAUCAGGUAGCGGAGUUUCAGGGAUUGAGCCGGGCUAGAGCACCGCACGGCCCCGAGGUCUGAGUUCCGAGCCAAGCCCGAGGACCGUAGAUCCGUCCUUGGCCUAAAAUCAGGCUGGGCCUGAGGUAUCCCGCGGCAGGCUGGAGGAGUAAAAGCGGGAACUGGAACUCAUCCCGGGGAGAUGUUCAUUUGUAGAUGUGUAUGAUAAGACCUCAGUCGUGCCUACAGGAAGCCGUCAGGCCCGGGAGACGCCAAUCAGAGAAGGGACCACUAAGAUGGCUUAGUUUGGGGUUUUAAGCCUUCCCCGGAGGCCUGCAGAAUUCAUGCCCCUCUUGGAAACCGGGUAAUGCAGAAAGCGAGGGCUUCACUAAUUCAUCCUCCUAAUGUUAACCGUUACACAGAAUGAGGCCUUAGACUAUGGUGAAUGUAAUCCCUGCUCUCUUUAUUAUCCUAAUAAAAUAGUAC